AUGGUAUCCCUCAAGUCUGUCCAAGCAUCCAACGCCAGCAUCCGGGCCCUCCCCAACAUAACAGCCCUGUUUGUUGGUGGCACCAGUGGCAUCGGCCAGAGCACCCUGCGCCAGUUGGCUCGUCACGCCGACAGCCCUACGGCCUAUAUCAUCGGUCGCAACGAGGCUCGCGCCAAUCCCUUCUUAUCUGAACUGCGGCAAUUGAGUCCCAAGGGCCGCUUCCACUUUAUCGAGGCGGAUGUAUCGCUGGUGCGCAAUGUCGACGCCGCGUGCCGGCAGAUCCUCCAGCAGGAAAAGCACCUGAACUUUCUCUUUAUGACUCCCGGUGGUAUCUCUCUGGGAGGGCGAAAGGAAACCGUCGAAGGCAUAGACCACCUCUUCGCUCUCCGCUACUACUCCCGCAUGCGCUUUAUCCAGAAUCUCCUCCCUCUCCUUGAAUCGUCAGGACCAAGCCGUGUGGUCAGUGUCUACGGCGGCGGCUUCGAGUACUCCAUCAACACGUCCGACCUCGACCUCAAGCACAACUUCUCCCUGCUCAACGCCUACAAGCACUCCAUUACCAUGACCUCCCUGAGCAUGGAACACCUCGCCAACACCCACCCUGCCGUCAGUUUCAUCCACGUCUACCCGGGUCUCGUUGGCACCAACAUCUACACCAACAGCUUCCCCGCACCGGUGUCGACAUUCUACAACUACGUGAUGUGGCCAUUCAUGUGGCCCUUUUCCGUGAAUCUCGGCGAGAGCGGCGAGCGACAUCUGUUCCAUCUGAGCUCUGCACGCUACCCCGCUAAGCAGGGCAUCGCGUCGCAAGGAGUUCCGCUUGAGAAUGGGGCGGUGGCUACGGGUACCACUGGGGAAGUCGGGAGUGGUGCGUAUCUUUUGAAUUGGAAGGGUGAUGUUAGACCGAGCACAAAGGUUUUGGCAAACUAUCGGGAACAGGGGAUACCGGAACUGGUUUGGGGCCAUACAGAGACUCUUUUGGAGGCGGCGGUGCGCCGAUGA